AUGCACAACUUCAUCCGACCGUCGCUGAUAAUUCUACUUCUUAAUCUUUCCAGGUCUUUGGAAUUAGAGGAAGAAAAGUGUCUUUUUCAUGAGGCUGUUUGGCGAGCGGAGUACUUGCAAGAUGACACGUUUAAACAUCUGGUGGCCCAGGUCUGUAUCGACAUUGUAGCAGCCCUACCGACGAUUGGUCUAAAUGCACUGGUCAUUUUUGCUGUGGUAACAAGGAACCGACUGAGAAACAACUCCACCAUACUUCUUGCCUGUCUAGCUGGGGCAGAUCUGUUAACGGGGCUUAUUGUUCUACCAUUUGCCUUCUCGCUAGACUUGAAGCGACUUCUUGGUGUUGGGCCAUUCUGUUCGCCAGAAAAGGCAUUUAAUGUGAUUAUUACGAUGGUAGCUUUUGCUUCAUUCAGUCAUUUGGUCGUAAUCAGCAUAGAACGCUAUAUAGCUAUCAAAUAUGCCUUGAGGUAUCAGGAUAUUGUCACAGAAACGUGGAUAAUAAUCAGCAUUGUUCUAGCCUGGGCUAUCACUUUGACGGUGACAAUCAAUGAAAUUGUUUUGGCUCUAAUAGACAGCGAAAACAUUUAUUCAGUUUAUUCACACGUGAGCUAUAUAAUACAAAUUGUUAUCGGAAUUCUGUUUAGUAUUGCUAUUUUACUGUCUUAUGGUUACAUUUACUCAGAGACACGACGACAAGUCAAACGCCUCAAAGCCGAACAACUACCUCAGGAGGAAGUCCAAAGAAUCAAGAAAGACAGAAGGGCGGCUACUACUCUGGCAAUCAUUCUAAUUGCUUUAGUAAUUACCUAUUUACCAGCAAUAAUAAUGGCGGUACUGACUGCUCUUCCAGGUAGCAUUGCAGGACCGCCGCGUUUUAGAGUCAUCAUUUGGAACUGGGUAGGAGUUACUAUCAUGUUGGGUUCCCUGUGCAAUCCUAUCAUUUACUGUUGGCGUAUGACGAAUUUGCGACGCGCAUUUCUCGAGAUACUACAUUUAAGAAAACCCUGA